UUUCCCAGCGCGCCCCGGGACUUCCGGAGUACCGGCUCCCUGUGGGUUUGUGGUAGCCGAGGCUAAGCUACUGGUAAAAAAGGGCCCACUUUUGGGCUUCCCAGGACCUGACUCACCCAAAGCACGGAGUUGCACAUGCCCUAUUUUUGCAGUUUCCUGCCAUUCCCUCCAAAUCCCUUUAGUAAGCAGGAGGCUGUGGUCCCGGCCUCUGAAAGCCCUCACCCCUCCAGUGCCUGAAGCUAGAAGCCAAACUACCGGGUCCCACGAGCGGAGGCGGAGCCGCGGCGUGCCGCAGCAGCGGAUGUUGAGUGGGCAGUUGGUCCGACGCCUGGGCUCCAUGGCCACCCGCGUGCGCUCGUCCCCGGGCGGCGCGGGACCCGAGCCCGUGGGCCCGGUGGAGGCCGCCAUCCGCGCGAAGCUGGAGCGAGCCCUGAGCCCCGAGGUGCUGGAGCUGCGCAACGAGAGCGGCGGCCACGCCGUCCCGCCUGGCAGCGAGACGCACUUCCGCGUGGCGGUGGUGAGCUCCCGGUUCGAAGGGCUGAGCCUCCUGCAGCGGCACCGGCUGGUCCACCAGACGCUGUCGGAGGAGCUGGCCGGGCCGGUGCACGCGCUGGCCAUCCAGGCCCGGACGCCCGCCCAGUGGAAGGAGAACCCGCAGGUGGGCGCGAGCCCGCCCUGUCUCGGUGGGAGCCGGAAGACGCGAGGAACCCCUUGACCCCAAGAGACGGGGGAGGACCCGCCUCUGAAGGGGCUGGCUGAGAAUAAACGAUUAAAUUACCACGCAUUAUGGUGAUUCGCAAGGACAGCGACCUCCGGGACCUCCGGGCUCCGCGCCCGGCACGCGCGUGUUCUCCAGAGGUAGCUCACCGAAGGCCGGCUCACCAGGGCAAGCGCAGUCGCGCGCUGGGGCUCUGGCCCGACCCUUCGGCAGCGGGUGCCUAGUUCCGCGUUAACUUGUGACUGAGGAACUGCACCAGUCACGACUGGGAACAGCCCCCACAUUAAAGGAGAAAUUCUGUGA